GUGUCCAGCCACAUCCAGGUUCUAGCUCGGAAGAAGGUGCGGGAGUACCAGGUUGGCAUCAAGGUCUCUAGCCACUUGCAGGUUCUUGCCCGGCGGAAAUCUCGUGAGAUUCAGUCCAAGCUGAAGGCCAUGAACUUGGACCAGGUCUCAAAGGAUAAGGCUCUGCAGAGCAUGGCUUCCAUGUCCUCCGCGCAGAUCGUGUCAGCCAGCGUCCUCCAGAACAAGCUCAGCCCCCCUCCUCCUCUUCCUCAGGCCGUCUUCUCUGCUGCCCCCAGGUUUUGGAGUGGGCCUAUCCCAGGACAGCCUGGACCCUCUCAGGACAUUAAACCGUUUGCACAACCAGCUUACCCCAUCCAGCCACCCAUGCCUCCAUCACUAGCCAGUUACGAGCCCCUGGCUCCGCUCCCACCAGCCGCCUCGGCCGUGCCCGUCUGGCAGGACCGCACCAUCGCCUCCGCCAAGCUGCGGCUCCUCGAGUACUCCGCCUUCAUGGAGGUGCCUCGGGACGCCGAGACGUACAGCAAACACCUCUUCGUGCACAUCGGCCAGACCAACCCCUCGUACAGCGACCCGCUGCUGGAGGCCGUGGACAUCCGCCAGAUCUACGACAAGUUCCCCGAGAAGAAAGGGGGUCUCAAGGAGCUCUAUGAGCGUGGCCCCCAGAACUCCUUCUUCCUCGUCAAAUUUUGGGCGGACCUGAACAGCACGAUCCAGGACGGGCCAGGGACUUUCUACGGUGUCAGCAGCCAGUACCGAACUGCAGAGAACACCAAGUGGUGCUCCUUUGGGAAGCAGGUUGUGGAGAAGGUGGAGGUGAGUNNCGCGCGCGUGAAGAGCGGCCGCUUCGUGUACCGCAUCCACCGCUCCCCCAUGUGCGAGUACAUGAUCAACUUCAUCCACAAGCUCAAGCACCUCCCGGAGAAGUACAUGAUGAACAGCGUCCUGGAGAAUUUCACCAUCCUGCAGGUUGUUACCAACAGGGAUACCCAGGAGACCUUGCUCUGCAUCGCCUUCGUUUUCGAGGUGUCCACCAGCGAGCACGGCGCCCAGCACCACGUGUACAAGUUGGUCAAGGACUAG